UUUUAUUCUUUGUUUUUAGUUUGUAGGUUCCUAAUUGAUUGACUUAUUGGCGAAUUAGCACAUUUUCAAAAUGUCAUUGUUAUUUCAUUGAGCUGGUGGCUCACAUACAUUCGCUGUCUGUGGUCUAAACACGUUAAUAACWAGUUGUUAGUUCAUUGAAUAUUGAUGAUAUACACAUCAAGCACGUUGCCUUUGGUAGACUCGACUGGUUAUGUUUUUUGACUACCGUUCAAUAAGAGACAUCUCCUUGUAAGACUUCAGUACAACAACUUUGUUGUUGGCUUGGCAAGAAUACGGAGCAAUCAGCGGAAUGACAGAGGAGAUAUUUCAACACAGAGAAACUACUCAACCAGAAGAAUGUAUCGAACUGAAACCAUCAUCGCUGUYGAACUAUCAUAGUGAAGAUAAUCCCGAUGAACUAAAGGAAUCUUUUGGCAAAAACCAAGACUCACUUCCAAUUGAACCAGAAAAUGAUCACCAAUUUUGCACAUUGGAAUUAGAACCCAUGACAGAGCAUGACCAGACAGGCUCUACAUCAAAUAUAAAUACAAGCCAAUCAAUAUGUAGAAUUUGUCACUGUGGAAAUGCAGACGAAAAGUUGCUUACACCUUGUAAAUGUCGUGGAACGUCACAGUUUGUACAUGGAAGUUGUUUGGUUGGAUGGUUUAGUAAGAAAAGAAACAAAACAUGCGAACUUUGCCUUUAUGAGGUCAAAAUAAAACGGAGAGGAUUAAAACCAUUUUYAAAGUGGACGUUUCCAAGGGGAUCCUGUGACUUCAUCGGUUUUCUUUUUGCGUUUUACGGCAUUAUUCUCCUGAUUUUUGUCAUCAUGAUUCUACGAAUUGCAUCCAAUGGUUGUAAAAGUACAGUWUGCGUUGUUUUAUACUUUGUCAGCGUYAUCUCACUUAUCUAUUUUUCGUACUGCUGUGGAUUCGUCGAACAGACAAAAAGAUGCUGGAGAACUUACCUCGACUUAAACAGAAAAGUUAUUAUUGAAAAUAGGCAAGAUAGUUGCGAUAGYRUCUCAUCGGUGGUYUAGACAGUUGCGUAAGCCUCUUUCUAUAACAAGGURUGACUGGAAACGUAGUUCUUCCACUUUUCAAAUUUUUARCGGACACAGAARCUGAAUUCAAGACUAAAGUUCCCAUCAUGCUUUGCUCUAGAAAGUGACGUCGCUGUCUAUUGGUACUAAGGCCGUGCUUAMUGUUGAAUUUAAGUUAUCGUCARGAAAAUUAGAAAUUUUUCUAUCAUUGCGAUUUCUUUAGGGACCUAGAGGGAACAAAAGUCAUUAUUAUUUGGAUAAAUACAUGGAACAUUUUCKAAAGGAUGUGCCUCAAAAUAAAACAAUCAAAACAAAUUUACAUAUUUAUACAAAAUCAUUUAUUUUCCUAUCGCACUAUAUUAGAUAAUUAUACCUUGUUUAWAUUGGUUUGAUGACAACUCUAGAAGCAGCACUUUUGUAGAAAUUGAAAACAGAUCGUAAUAUUACUUUUAAGUAAUUUCAAAUCAUAAUCCAAACCCUUAAAGACGUUAUAGUACAGAUAGGUCAGUUUCCCGCCCUGGCAUACGAAGGACGUUCUAAAGGGCCGAUGAGUGUGGUGCGUGAUGUGUUUCCAGAGAAAAAUAAGCAAGAGAUAUCUGUACUGCAUAACACAAGUCCAUCUCCAUCAUAUGAACAAGCAUUGCUUGAGCC